AUGUCUAACCAGGACUGGGAUUCUGCCACCAAGAUUGGAAGCCGCGUUCGCGGUCCCGGUGCUUCGGACCGCGAAACCGUCAUCCGAGGAAAGAGUGCGUUGAACGCUGCUCAGAGAGCUGGUGCUGCCAUUAGCACAGAGAAGAAGUACGCUGGCGCCAAUACGGCCAGCGGUACUGAGGGUCAGCGUCUCACCAAGGUCGACCGCUCUGACGACAUCAUCAAGCCCAAGACUGUUGGAAAGGAAGUCGGAAAGGCCAUUGAGCAGGGCCGACAGAAGUUCGAGCCUACCAUGACCCAGGCUGCUCUGGGUAAGCAGAUCGGAGAGACGGCCGCAACUGUCGCCGCUUACGAGCGUGGCACUGCUACACCCGACCAGACAAUUCUCUCCAAGAUGGAGCGAGUGCUCAACAUCAAGCUGAGGGGUGCCAACAUUGGUGCUCCCCGCUUGGGCCCCAAGAAGAAAUAA